UAUUAUGUACUUUUUAUUUAUUUUUAGAAUUAUACAUAUAACAAUGGGCAUACAGGGACUCCUUCCAUUGUUAAAGGACAUUCAAGUAAAAACAUCAAUGUCCAACUUUAAAGGACAAACGGUUGGAAUUGACGCAUAUUGUUGGCUUCACAAAGGUGCUUAUGGUUGUGCUAAAGAUCUAGUACUGGGCCAACCGACUAAAGUGUACAUUCAUUAUGUUGUACGUCGCUUGAACAUGCUUAUUAACAAUGGUGUGACACCAAUCAUGGUAUUUGAUGGUGGAUACUUGCCAGCUAAGUCUGAAAAAGAGAAGGAACGUCGAGCGAAAAGAAAAGAAUAUCGUUCCCGUGGUAUUGCCGCACUAAGAGAAGGGAAAAGUCAGGAAGCUUUUGAAAACUUUCAAAAGUGCUGUGAUAUCACGCCUCAAAUGGCAUCUGAAGUUAUCAAGGAGUGUUGUACACUGAAUGUAAAAUGUAUUGUUGCACCAUAUGAAGCUGAUGCCCAACUCGCUUAUUUGAUGAAAGAAGGAAUAACACAGUUGACAAUUUCUGAAGAUUCUGAUCUUUUGUUAUAUGGUUGCCAUCGGGUUUUGUAUAAAAUGACACCAGAAGGUGAAGGAAUGUUGGUCGAUUUAGAGAAUUUAUCAAAAGUUCGAACUGUUCAACUUUCUUCAUUCACUUUUGAAAAGUUUCGGCAAAUGUGUAUGUUAUCUGGUUGUGAUUACCUACCCUCAAUUAAAGGAAUGGGUUUGGUGAAAGCCCACAAAGCUUUAAGAAGACACUCAAGUGCAUACCAAUGUAUACGCGCUUUGAAGUGUGACACAUCUUACCAUGUUCCUCCUGAUUAUCUUGAGAACUUUCGAAAAGCUGAAAUGGUUUUUAAGUAUCAGCUGGUUUUUGAUCCUAGAAGCAAGCGUGUUGUACCAUUGAAUGCAAUGGAUAGUCAAGAAAAAUACACUGCAGAAGAAUUGAAAUAUGCUGGACCGAAAAUUGAUGAUCACAGAGCUUUACAAAUAGCUCUUGGGAAUAUAGACCCUAUUACUAAUAACAUUCUAGCAGAUAGAACGGACUUUGCAAGUGGGUUGUGUAAGAAUAUCAAGAAGGAUACUGGUUGGUUAGCUGCCAAGAAAACAACUCAAAGAUUGACAAGUACUAUUCACACUAAAAGGAAGCCUCUGUCACUCUGUAAGUUAGAUACUGCUCCUGAAAGAGUGGAGAACUGUCUAAAACCUAAUUCAUUGAGUCCUGUAUUUCAAGCUACUAAGUCGUUGAAAAGAUUGAGAGAAGAUGAUUCUCCAUCUCCUGAGAAAGAAAUCAAACUACAAAAGUUAUAUAAUGUAGUACAGCAACAUUCUACUGAAGAAGAUGAUAGCAUAUCACCACCACAGAAAAGUUCUCUUAGUGUUUUUAAGAAGAGUCAUAAAUUUAGAAAUCCAUUUCGACAGACGGCAGAAACUUCGCCAACCAAGAAAAUAGUGUUAAGUAGAUAUUUCAACAGCAAGAAUGAUCAGAACGACGAGAAGAUUUCUCCUACAAUAUGUAAUGAUGAUCUUGAAUCAUCUCCAUCGACACUACCUAAAAGUAGUUUUAUAGAUUGUUUAGAUCAAUCCAAUUUCAGUGCAAUGACACCAAAAAGAAAGAAAGCCCUCAAAACACCAACAAAAUCUAUAUACCGUCAAAGUAAGAUACCCUCCCUGUGCUCGCCAGAAUCUCAGAAAAAAGAAGAUUUACAUAAAAAAAACAGGACAGAGUUAAAUCGAAAACCGUUAUCUCCUAUUGAAGUAAAUAAAAGCUCCGACGAGAACAUUGACUUUAAAAUACUACACACGGUGGAGGACGAUAAAGAGGAAGGUGAUGUUAUUAUUUAUUCUCCUGUAAAAGAUAAAAAGCCUGCCAUCUCAAAAACAUUAUGCAAAAGCAAGAUAUCUCUUGGGCUGAGUAAAUAUUAUAACCAACCGAAAAAGUCUUUACUUAAAACAAAUGAACUAUUAGAUGUGAAACACGAGAGACCAACAAGUGAUUGUGGGAGCCCUUCUGUGUUGAAUUGUACAAAUGUUGAAGAUAAUGUUAUUUAUUUGGAUGAAGGAGUCUUGCCUCGUUUACCACAAUUUAAUGAAAAAGGAAAGGUACCGAGACAAUCGUUGACACGCCCCGUUUCGAAGCCAGCAAAGGCAAAUAUGUCUAACUGCAGACCAAUUGGACUUAGUAAACGCCAUAAACCGUUACCUUCAAAAGGCAAUGUACUCAAACAAAGUAAAUUGUCACUGGAGAAGUUUGCCUUCAAAACAAAGUCUAUAGAAAGGUAUAUCAGUUAGCUUCGAAAAAAGAGAUUGUUUGUCUGUCUUGAAUUUAUGAAUGUAAUGAAUUUAUGAAUGUACAUAUUCCUAGAUACAUAUUUGUUUAAUUAAUCGAUUAUUUUUAGUUAUAAACGCUCUAGAAAUUUAAUACAAUAUUGACUUGCUCUAUUAGCACCCAUUCUCUUUUUAUGUCCCUUCCCAAAUACCAACCCCGUUUAUAAAGCGUGUCUGUUUUUCUUUAUUUAUUGUUUACCCUGGGUGACAACCCCUAAAAAUCCUUAUAAAAAAUAUCUAAAAAUUGUUUUACUUUCCCAUCCUCAUUCAAUUUUGUGCGAAGAAGUUUAUGAAUUAGACAUCAUGUUAUGACACCUCCAUACUACCUUGUUAUCUUUGAAUUGUUAAUCGCAUCCACGAACGUUGUUUACGUGGUACGCCCCGGGCGUUAAAUAGAGCAAAUGUGAUAACGAACUUUGAAUAAGCCGCCCUCUUGUAACUUGUAAAGCACAGUAAUUUUCCAUUGUUCGGUUCUAUUUCAUAGUUGCUGCAGGUGGAUACUUUGCUGUAGUUUCGCAACAAUAUAUGUGUGUUAUUACCUAGCUGAUUCUUUGGUUGCUAGCAACAACUACGUUCAAUGUGUAUUUUUUUUUUUACUGUAAAAAAUUUUUUAUUGCAUAUGUAUGUAUAGUGUUUAUUUUUUAGCACAAUAAAUGCUAUAUUUUUA